AUGGCCAACACACAACCUCAGCAGGAACAGUUCAUCUUGAUUAUUGCGGCACUUGUGUUGCCUCCUUUGGCAAUAUUUCUUGCCAAAAAAUACAGUAUCUGGAACAAGGAAUUUUUGGUUAGUGUUUUAUUAACCAUGUUUGGACAUAUUCCAGGAGCAAUAUUUACCCUUUACUAUUUGUGGUACAUUGAAUUUCCUCAAUCUCGACAAGGCGGUUAUAAUAGACUUCCAGAUGAUGAUGAAUCAAGACUUGGACAACAACAAGAAGGUUUCUACGAAGAUCAUGAUCAUCAUCAAGAAAGUAGAGUUGGUGCUCAGGAAGAAGGUUUCUAUGAACCAGAACAACUUAAACAACCACAACCACAACAGCAAGGAAAUGCAGGAAGCUCAUCAUCAAGACCACAGAAUGAUGCAUUAGCUGGUGACCUUCCUGCAUAUGAAGAUAUUGUUCAACCAUUACAAGCCCCUGCCGUUGACGUCAAGGGUUCAUCCGAUAAUAAGAUACAACGUUAG